GGAUAUUUCAUCUUCUUUUUCUUUUUCUUUUCCUUUCACUGAUAGGUGUUUAAUUCGUGUUGAUAUCUACCUACCUACAUACCGGUACUCAGUAUCGCUACCCAACAAAUUUUUUUGGUUUUUUUUUAGCAAGUGGUAGUAGUUUUUUUUAUCUUCAUUAACCUAGCCCACCUACCCACCCAUCCACCUCUCCAAGUUCCCCCAAAUCCCCAAGAUGUCCACGUCCAGCUCCAGCUCCGCUGCCCCCUCCCCCUCCCCCACAUCCACACACUUCCCCACCUCCACCACCACCACACCCCCCAGCGACCCCACCGCCGCCUACGCCACCCUCAUAACCUCCCCCUCCUAUCUCCCAGGCGCCAUCCUCCUCGCGCACACGCUCCAAAAACACGGUUCGCAGUUCCCGCUAAUCCUCAUGCACGCCAACCUCCCCCCACAGUACCUCGCUCCUCUCAAGCGCGAAGCCCUCAGCUCCAACAUAGUGCUGCACGCCACCCCCCUCCUAAACCUCAGCGCCAACUCCGGCGUCGCCCCCCGCUUCGCCUCCACCUGGACCAAACUGCAAGUCUUCUCGCUGUACACCUACCCCUACGAACGCAUCUGUUUCCUCGACGCCGACAUUCUCAUUCUCGGCCCCAUGGACGAACUCCUCUACAAACAUCCUCUCCGCAACCCCUCCAUCCCAGGAGAAGCCGGCAAACUCCUCGCCGCCAACCACGUCUGCGUUUGCAAUCUCGAACACGACACCUGGGCCCCCUCAUCCUGGACGCGCGAAAACUGCGCCUACAUAUCUCCAAGCAUCAAUCCUCUCGAACACAUCCAAAACGUACCCUCCGGAUCCUGCGGUCCGCAAACCCACACGCUUCUCAAUUCCGGACUAUUUAUUUUCGCGCCCAGCAAGGAAACUUGGGAGGAUAUGUGGAAAUUUAUCGAUGCGCAUCGAACGGAGCUUUCGAGCUAUCAAUUUCCGGACCAGGAUUUCAUUACCGAGUGGUGGCGCGAUCGAUGGGUGAGCGUGGGCUGGAAAUGGAAUGCGCUGAAAACAUGGCGGUAUUGGCAUCCGGAGAUGUGGCGCGAUGAGGAGGUGAGGGGGUUGCAUUAUAUAGUUGAUAAGCCGUGGAUGAAACGCGUGAGUGCAGAUGGGGUAGCGGGGUACAAGGGAAAUGAUGGGGUGACGCACGGGUGGUGGUGGGAUGCUUAUGGGAAGUGGGAGGAGGAACGGAAGGAAGCGGGGGAGAUGGAGAUUUUGAAGCUGGUGGGGGAAUUGGUGGAUUAGGCUAGGAGGUUAUGAGUUGUGUAUAGAUCAGAGACUGGGGUUGAGGGGUUCGGGGUUUGUGAGUUAUCAAAUCUUUUUGUUUGAUGUUGGUGUUGGGUCGAGCGAUAGAUUGAAGAUUCAAAGGGGAGUUUGUGAAGCGAUAGAAUUUGUAGUACAUACACAGCGUAAUGAACACCCAUGUGUCUAGACCUCAAUCAGAAAAUAUUUCAGCGACACUGUCCA